GGAAGCGAAUAUCUGAGCCUGGAACUCCAGGAUGGUCAGUGUAUGGUGACAGAGGAGCAGCAGUGGCUGCUGAGUGAGGUUCAGGACGUCUCACAGAGAGAGUCCCUGGAAUGGAGCGAGAGAAGCGCAGUGUAGGGGGGAUCCUGUCGUCUCUCUCCCUCCUCUGCGUGGUCCUAGAUCUCCAGCUGGAUGGAUGUUUAGCCGCCAGUCAUGCAGAAAUUGAAAAUCACUUGGAGAUGGGAAGGAAGCUUCUAGCUGCUGGGCAAUUGGCUGAAGCUCUAUCUCACUAUCAUUCUGCUGUGGAUGGAGAUCCCAGAAACUACCUGACCUAUUACAAGAGGGCAGCAGUGUAUUUGGCAUUGGGGAAAUUCAAGUCAGCCCUUCCUGAUCUCAGCAAAGCCAUUGACCUAAAGCCAGACUUUAUGGCUGCCAGACUGCAGAGAGGAAACAUUCUCUUAAAACAGGGAGAUACUCAGGAAGCCAAGGAAGACUUUGAAGCUGUUUUGUUGAAUAGUCCUUCAAAUGAAGAAGCCCAGAAUCAGCUGGAGAGAGUGAGAGAGCUUGAUGACCGGUUACAGGAAGCAUGGGAGGCGUACGAUAGACAGGAUUACGGAGAAUCAAUAUCCCUGCUGGAAAGAGUGGUUGAGUUGUCCCCAUGGGACCCUAAUGUUCGAGAGCUGAGAUCUGACUGUUACCUUGAAGUUGGAGACCUGAACAAAGCCGUGCAAGAUCUUAAGCCCACAACAAAACUGCGCAACGACAACCGUGCAGCCUUCCUUAAACUGAGCAAACUGUACUACACCAUGGGGGAGCACGAAGAGAGUCUGAGUCAUGUUCGUGAGUGUCUGAAGCUGGACCAGGAUGAUAAGGAUUGUUUUUCACACUAUAAACAAGUGAAAAAGUUAUCCAGACAGUUGGAAUCUGCAGAAGAGUUAAUUCGAGAACAAAGGUAUGAAGACGCCAUUGAGAAACUUGAAGCCGCCAUCAAAACUGAGCCACACGUUGAGAUUUAUAGAAAGCGAGCAAAAGAGAGAAUAUGUCACUCCUUGUCAAAGAGUCAGCAGAUCGAUCAGGCAAUAACAGUCUGUACAGAAGCACAUCAAAGAGACCCACAAAAUCCAUUUCUCCUCAAAGACCGAGCUGAUGCUUACAUCCUAAAUGAAGAGUAUGAAAAAGCUGUGGAAGAUUAUCAGCAAGCUAAAGAGCUGGAUGGCGAGAGCGAGGAAUUUAAAGAAGGCCUUGAGCGAGCCCAAAAACUACUCAAGCAAUCCAAGAAACGAGAUUAUUAUAAAAUCUUGGGUGUUAAAAGAAAUGCCAACAAGCAGGAAGUGAUCAAGGCGUACCGAAAGCUGGCUCAGCAGUGGCAUCCAGAUAACUUCCAAUCAGAGGAUGAGAAGAGAGAGGCAGAGAAAAAAUUCAUUGAUAUCGCAGCUGCCAAAGAAGUUUUAACAGACCCAGAGAUGCGUCAGAAAGUGGAUGCUGGGGAAGACCCCUUGGACCCAGAGAAUCAGCAGGGCUCCGGACACCACCAGCAAUGGCCUUUUGAAUUUAACCCUUUCAGCUCAGGAAACUUUCAUUUCAAAUUCAACUUCAAUUAAUUGUCCUCUUAAGACAGAAAGAAAACCUUUUUAUGGAUUGUUUAACUCAGACUGUGAGACUAACACUCCAUUUAUCGUCAGACCCACGCAGCCCACUGGCAUUGAUAGGGUUAAAGGAAGCCGGUAUUUGGACUUGAGAGAAAUCUCCAUGGUGCUGGCACUUCGGGAAUCAUUGGCCCUUCAAGAGAAUUUACUGUGACUUAACAUGGAGAACGCGGGCGGCGUGCCUAAUCAGAUGUCCAACUAGGUCAAGAGUUUCAGAUUUUAUUGACUUUCUUAAUGCAAAGAAUUUAAAAGAAAAUAUAUAUAAAACAGAACUUUGGUUGGGUGGGAAAUAAAAAAAUAAUAAU